UUGCGCCGGCAGAACGUGUCGCGUCGCCUUCGCCGCUGCAAUCGGGAAUUUGAAAUUAGAACUCUACCUUUUUAAUUUAUAACUUGUGUUAGAAUGUUGUUUAUUGCCAGUUUAGUAUAGAACAUUUUUAUUAAAAACUUUUUGUAGUGAAAAAAAUGACCGUGUUUUGUUUUUAAAGUUUGCGAAAGUGCAGAAUGUGUUUGGAGUGAGAGGACUAAAAAAUAAAUUUCAAUAAAAAAAAAUAUUGUUUUUAAAAAGACACCGAAUAAUCUGGACAUGACGAGUGACAACGCGCUCAAUUCUCAACGGGUGUUCAAAAAAUCGUCGCCCAACAACAAGCUCACCCUGUAUUUGGCGUCACGUGACCUCAUAGUAGAAAAUGGCGUCAUUGACAGCAUCCAGGGUGUGCUGCAUGCUGAGCCGGAAUGUUUGGAGAGCACCAAGAAAUUAUAUGGACAAGUCACAUUGACAUUUCGGUACGGUCGUGAAGAUGAAGAGGUGAUGGGACUGAAGUUCUGCAACGAGGCCAUCAUGAGCCUCGCUCAAGUGUGGCCCAUUCACUGCAACCACGAUCGGGAGCCCAACUCACCACUACAGGAUGCGUUAAUAAAGCGAUUGGGUGCCAACGCAUUUCCAUUCCAUCUAGAGCUGACACCAUUGGCACCUCCGAGUGUGCAGCUGGUUCCAGCGAAGCAGUACCACGGCGCUCCCAUCGGCACUUCAUAUGAUGUCCGAGCUUACAUAGCAGAAAGACCUGAUGAGAAGGUGUCCCGUCGCAACACAGUGCGCAUGGGCAUCAGGGUACUACAAGGGUCCGGGCGGUCGGUGCUCCCCGCCGUCCUGCCGCCGCACUCGCCGCACCACAGCCUCAGUGCGCUGGCACACCAUAACGUGCUGAGAUUGAAAAGCAAAGCCAAGAUGGAGUCAGACGAAAUUUGUCGAACAAAAAGGGACGAAAUAGAAAACUCGCCAGAACCGCAAGCGCCCCGCGCGACCGUCGAGAAGCCAUUCCUACUGUCUGAUGGCAGAGUGGAGCUCGAGGCGUGGUUGGACAAGGCCGCUUACUCGCACGGCGAAUCGAUCAAAGUGAGCGUCGUGAUCGCUAAUCACUCUUCCAAAACCGUGCGUCGGAUUAAGGCAUUGGUGGUUCAACACGUCGACGUCUGCAUGUUUUCAAAUGGCAAGUUCAAGAAUGUAGUCGCUCUGAUCAAAGGCACCGGGAGUCCUGUAGUGCCGGGCCAGACCCACACCGACACCUAUACACUGACGCCUCACAGAGGAGUAACCAAAAACUGGAUAGCACUCGAAGACUCUUAUUCGAAAACAGGCGCAAGUCUUGCAUCGACUGUUCUAAGCACCAAUUCACCAGAAGAUAGGAACGUUUUUGCCAUUUACGUUUCGUAUUAUGUAAAAGUCAAACUAACUCUCAGUACUAUGGGUGGCGAUUUGUCUGUGAAGCUUCCGUUCACACUGACACAUUCUUGCAUCAACGAAGCACCCACAGACAGUGUUAUAGAAGAAGCGACACAUAAGAUGAUCUUAGAAGGAAAAGAGAACAGCGAUGAAGAAGACAGUAAAGCUGAGACAGAAAGAGAUAAGCAAAACAACAAUGGUAACGCUGGUGGUCAAGAAACAGCGUUUGGAGAUGACGAUGGCGAAGUGAAAUCACCUGAGGACCACCGCUGCCUUGCAGAUGUGCUAGUCAAUAUUGAAAACAAAAUGGACAGACCGAAAAUAUUCGAAGGUCAAACCGAAGUGCGUCAAGUGAAACCCAACGAGGAAGAACUGGAUCUUAUAGUCAAAUAUCCAGGAACGGACACGUGAUCCGACGAGGAACUAGACAAAACGGGUCAAGGAGGCGAAAAGACUGAGUCGGAAGCAAACGCACCAGACGUAAUCAAAUGCAAACCAGAGGUCCAAAACCAUAAAUGUGGUUUCGCUGAAAAUUUAAAAAGAGCUGUCUGUUGUAUAGAUAGGAGAAGACAAUCAUAGUUUUGUCCUGUUAGAAUUCCAUUGUUUAGAAUAAUAGAUGUAAGUCGUCGCCGUCAAAUAUAAAAUAUGAAUACAUAUUCUCGCAUGUUGCAAACAUAAUUAAACAACGAGUUACGAAAAAUACUUCAAGUGCAGUGUAAUGUAUUGUUAUUUAUUAAAUUAACAUGACAAGAUGAAAAUCAGACGGGAUCUUCAAAUUGAAUGGUAAAUUAGCAACAUUUUGAAUAGUCAUAAUUUUCUAACACACGAAUCUAUUUUUUCAACAUCAAAACUUAACGAAAUCUUUUGGUUAAUUACAAACAUUAUAACAAUGUAGAUCGAUCUAUAAGUAGUUUUUGAUUAAAAUUUGUGAAUUAUAAAAAGGAAUUAUAAGUCUAGUCGUAUAUAUAAAUUUGAUGGUGUUUUAUUGUUAUAGAGUUAAGCUUGUAAACAGUUAUAAGACUCUGGUUUCGGCCAGCUCAUAAAGCCUGAAUGGAUAUUACGCUUACUAAAUGGUAGUCAGUGUUUAAUAUACUUGUGUUUAAGAUACUAUAAGAUUUAAUAAAAAAUGGUGUAGUGAAUGUGUAUAGAACUUUUGUGAUACUUUAGCAUGAAUAUUUGUCAAUUCAUAAUAGAAACCUGCUUUACAAUUUCAAAUUCUAUGUGUUCAGGAUUUAAAUUUAAAUUUAAUUGUACACAGCAACGCUCAACUCCCAUUUGCCAUUCUUUGAAUUAUAACAUUCGCUACAUCAUUAUAGUAAUAAAAUUCAUCUCUUAGAAUAAUUUUAUAUGAGAUUUCAAAUAGGCUAAAUUCACGCACACUUUAAUUUGAAAAGCUCGUUGAACCGACAGCAUGCGCCAUGAUUAACGGCUUUACAUUUUAUUCCAUUAAAACACAUUCAUAUUAAAACGCACUUGUUUCUAUAAAAUCUGAUAUUAACCUCGUAUCAAACAAACCCUUUUUAUUCAAAGGUCUCCCUCGUUAAUGCUGAUUAGAUUACUCCGAUAGAAUUAUAAAAAGCCGAUAGCUAAACCAAUUUAACCGGAGAUAAUGGCGCUUUUUAUUGGAGCUUUAUUAAGCCGUCGUCUAUUUUCUUUGUUUGAAAUUAGUUCCGAUUUCAUGAAUGGCUUUUAUUUCGAAUAAUUUCCCGAAUAGUGAAAAUAUAAUUUUUGAUCGAAAAAUAAAUAUUUGUUCAAUAUACUUGACACUCAAGUCACUUCUUUAAAUGACAAUUUAUCUAUAAUUCAAUAUCCAAUUAGUCCGAAUAAAAGCAGCCACAGAUGUACUAAGGUAUAUCCAUUUGUGCUCCGAUGUUCCGCGGCGGCUAAUGACUGCUUUUAGUACAAAGUGCCGCUGUUAUUAACUUUGCUAUAAUUUGUACAACACAUCGGCAGCAAAAUAGAAUAGUAGAGGUUAACAUUGAACAGGUCUGACUUUUAUAAGCUGUUAAGUUAUUAAAAUGAAGGAAAGCAUUCGGAAGACUUGAAACGAUGUUUCAUUUAAAGUGAACAGAAGGUAUUAUUGGCAGGUCGUUUUAAUGAGAAGUGCAUUUAAUGAUUAUUUAUUUGAUCACAUUAUAAUUUUUACAGUGUGUAUUUUGUAAAAAUAAUAAUAAAUGUGUCUAAAUAAGUAUAUAAUUAAAACCAUGUGAGUAAUAUUUUUUUUAAAUCUGACAGUCUAUACUACCAACGUAGGUAAUUCUCCGGCCAAUCUUGUUUAAUAUUUUAUAAGCGAUCUAUGAAAGUCUCUAAUAUUCUAAGAAGACAGAAUGUAAAGACAAUUAUUAAUUUUGCCGAGUGAACCCGCCUACAUACCUUAAUACGAUCAUUUUAUUUUUCAUCGAAGUAAAAUAUCUAAAGGUACGAAUCCCAAGGUGUUUCUAGGAACAAUAACUUCUUAGAAUCAAAUGUGUUCUCAGAAAGGGCUGUUGAGGUAAUUUGCGAUCUCUAUACCUUUCUCAAGAACUAAUUUACCGUGUAUUAACGUACCAUCCACAAGACCCACGUGCAGGCUUCAAAUAACUGCGCUAAGUCAGAUUAAUUUCGUUAUAAUAUUACAAAGAAAACUUCACAAAAGGAGCAGUGAAACACUCUAGUACACUUUUCUCAGUAUUCCGCUCGUUAGACGUUGUAACUUAAUAAUUUCAAAUUGGCAGAGGGAAGAAAUAUUACUAUUUGAACCAAAAGUACUAAAAGAAUUGCAUCUUAAACUUUUAUGUACUCUGAGGAUAUUUUUGAAUUCUUUCAUAUUAUAUUUAUAAAGAUAAUUAUCGUAUCGUAGAAAACCUAAGCCAAAGAUUAAGUUAACAAUUUACAUUUUCAGAUCAAGAAGUCUAUAAGAAAUAAUGAAAUAAUCUUGUGUUUCAACUCAAUACAAAAUCCCUUAAUGUAUCUUGAAACAUCCCAAUACUUACGCUUUGUAUUCAUAAUAGGUAGUUUAAAAUUAAAAUGUAUUAAUGUUUCCGCAUAAUCCGAUCAAAGAGCCUCGGGAAAAUAUUCUAUCAUGCACGGAGAUCAAAA